AUGAUCCUUCAAGGAUUCAGUGGCUGCUCAACUCAACUGCGGCGACCUGGUACGCCCCCCACCCUGCUCCCUCUCUGCUCCCUCUCUGCUCCCUCUCUGCUCCAUCUCUGCUCCCUCUCUGCUCCCUCUCUGCUCCCUCUCUGCUCCCUCGCUGCUCCCUCUCUGCUCCCCGCCCCGCUGCUCCCCUCUUCCCCGUUUCCCCCAUCGCCACCACUCCUCGUUUCCGUCUUGCGCACUGCCUCACUCUCAGCCUAUCAACCCCCACUCUUGUUUUCACAUCUGCACCUACUGUUCUCACAUCUUCCCUCGUGCAAUGUUCACAACCGCUCAACAGACGGAGUGUCCUGGUCUCGGUGUGUGGCCCCGGAUAAGCUGUGCGACGGGACGGCCGACUGCAAGGACAAGAGCGACGAGGCCGCGUGGUACUGCAACCCGCUUGACUGCUCCGACCCGGAUACCACCCUGGAGUGCGUGGGAACGGAGUACUGCGUGAAGCCGACUCAAGUGUGCGACGGCAUCAUGCAGUGCCCGGGCGCGAUAGACGAGUCCCCCGGCUUCUGUCUCGACCACCGCAGCUCCAACUGCGAGGAGGAUCAGGUCAAAUGCACCGCCUCCUCCGCGUGCAUCAAGGGGUACAUGUGCGACGGCGUGCCGAAUUGCCCCAAGGUGAAAAACGCCAGCGGAGUGCUGAUAGCUCCGGACGAGGACUCCAGGUAUUGCGUGGCAUACGAGUGCCUGGAUGGGUUUCAGAAGUGCGGCGACGGAAUGCAGUGUGUGCGCCUCGAGGCUUUCUGCGACGCCAAGAAGGACUGCCUCGGUCUCGGGCAGUGUGUGGACCCCAGCAAGCUGUGUGACGGGACGGCCAACUGCAAGGACAAGAGCGACGAGGCUGCGUGGUACUGCAACCCACUCGACUGCACCGGCACCACUGUGGAGUGCGUGGGAACGGAGUACUGCGUGAAGCCGACUCAAGUGUGUGACGGCAUCAUGCAGUGCCCGGGCGCCAUCGACGAGUCCCCCGGCUUCUGCCUCGACUACCGCAGCUCCAACUGCCAGAUAGACCAACUCAAAUGCACGGCCACCUCUGCCUGCAUCAAGGGCUACAUGUGCGACGGCGUGCCGAAUUGCCCGAAAGUCAGGAACGCGAGUGGAGUGCUGGUGGCACCAGAUGAGGAUGCCAAGUAUUGUGCUGCGUACUCGUGCCUGGACGGGUUCCAGAAGUGCGGCGAUGGGAAGCAGUGCUGCCCUUCACCUAUUGCCCUUCAUCUAUUGCCCUUCACCUAUUGCCCUUCACCUAUUGCCCUUCACCUAUUGCCCUUCACCUAUUGCCCUUCACCUAUUGCCCUUCACCUCUUGCCCUUCACCUCUUGCCCUUCACCUCUUGCCCUUCACCUAUUGCCCUUUACCUAUUGCCCUUCACCUCUUGCCCUUCACCUAUUGCCCUUCACCUAUUGCCCUUCACCUAUUGCCCUUCACCUAUUGCCCUGCACCUAUUGCCCUUCACCUAUUGCCCUGCACCUAUUGCCCUUCACCUAUUGCCCUUCACCUAUUGCCCUUCACCUAUUGCCCUUCACCUAUUGCCCUUCACCUAUUGCCCUUCACCUAUUGCCCUUCACCUCUUGCCCUUCACCUCUUGCCCUUCACCUCUUGCCCUUCACCUCUUGCCCUUCACCUCUUGCCCUUCACCUAUUGCCCUUCACCUAUUCCCUUCACCUCUUGCUCUUCACCUCUUGCCCUUCACCUCUUGCCCUUCACCUCUUGCCCUUCACCUAUUGCCCUUCACCUCUUGCCCUUCACCUCUUGCCCUUCACCUCUUGCCCUUCACCUCUUGCCCUUCACCUCUUGCCCUUCACCUCUUGCCCUUCACCUAUUGCCCUUCACCUAUUGCCCUUCACCUCUUGCCCUUCACCUCUUGCCCUUCACCUAUUGCCCUUCACCUAUUGCCCUUCACCUAUUGCCCUUCACCUAUUGCCCUUCACCUAUUGCCCUUCACCUAUUGCCCUUCACCUAUUGCCCUUCACCUCUUGCCCUUCACCUCUUGCCCUUCACCUAUUGCCCUUCACCUAUUGCGCUUCACCUAUUGCCCUUCACCUAUUGCCCUUCACCUCUUGCCCUUCACCUAUUGCCCUUCACCUAUUGCCCUUCACCUAUUGCCCUUCACCUAUUGCCCUUCACCUAUUGCCCUUCACCUCUUGCCCUUCACCUAUUGCCCUUCACCUCUUGCCCUUCACCUAUUGCCCUUCACCUAUUGCCCUUCACCUCUUGCCCUUCACCUAUUGCCCUUCACCUAUUGCCCUUCACCUCUUGCCCUUCACCUAUUGCCCUUCACCUCUUGCCCUUCACCUAUUGCCCUUCACCUAUUGCCCUUCACCUCUUGCCCUUCACCUAUUGCCCUUCACCUCUUGCCCUUCACCUAUUGCCCUUCACCUCCUGCCCUUCACAUCAUUUAUCUCUCACCCCUUGAUCUCUUGCCCAUCCACGUCCUCUCAUUCCCUUCACGUCCCACCAGAUGGGAGCGAUGAGGUCGACUGUGCUUACCCGGACACGGGCAGCUCGGGCAGCACUGGAACAACUGGCAGCAGCAGCAGCACUGGCACCAUUGGCAGCACGGGCAGCACGGGAAACUUAGGCAGCACAGGCCCUUCAGAAGGCAGCUUGAGUGUGCAGCAGCUGACCGCGCAGUACCAGGCAGCAAUCACUGCUCAGAGCAAGGCCAAAAAGGCCACAGAUGCCACGAAUGCCAAGGCAGGGCGCCUGGAGAAGGAAGCGAACGCUGCUGGGCUUCAAGCGGACAAGUUGCAGCGGAAGGCAGACGCUGCCGUGGCUUUAGCUAAGAAGAGAACAGAGGCUGCUAGGCAGGCUGGUGAGGAUGCUGCGGCGAAACAGGCCGCUGCUGCCGCUGCCAGAAUGGAUGCUGACAGCAAGAAGCAGGCGUAUGAGAGCGUGAAAGGCACGGCGAGUAAGCUGCGAGCGCAGCUGGAGGAGAUGGGCAAGGUGCAGAAGAAGGCCGGGGGCUCCAAGGCACCGGGCUCCAAGGCACCGGGCUCCAAGGCACCGGGCUCCAAGGCACCGGGCUCCGUUUGA